GAGAGAAUUCCUCCAAGAAGGUGAUUUAAGAGAUGCUUUCCACAGUGAUCUCCAACAGCUGUGUUCUCAAUGGGGACGAUAGCAACUAUGGACUUCCUCCAAACCCCAGGAAGAAAGUCAAAACCAGAGCAUCAUUUCGACAUAAUCCAUAUAGUCCGUACCAGAAACAGGUUGACACUAAGGUAUCUUUAACCGAACCCACGAAAAUCUCCAGCACCAACAGAAGGGGUCAGUGUGACACCAUGCCUGUCCGCCAUCCAAGGCUGCAUCCCUCUCCAAGACAGCUAGGCAUGGCACAGCCUCGCUCCAACAACAGAGAGAGCACACUGCCCAUCAGUCAGAGGACCAUCCAAUCACAGCACAAAGCAAGGCAGAUCAGGAGUGCUUGGAACUGCUCCAGUUUUGACAAUGGCUCCUGGCAUACAAAAGGCCCUAAACCUACUAACGGGAAGACAACGCAGAAAAAGUCCACAUUGUCGUCCAAGACUACUGGAGACAUAGGACGUAAGAAGUCCAGUUCAAAUGGACGACAGUGCCAUCGCUCCUUCACCAAGAAUGGCAUGUGUUGCCGCUCAUUAUCCAACUCCAAGAACAAAGGUAACUUUGUGUGUGACCUAAUAAGCAGCCUGUUGGAUCUAAAGUACAGCUGGAUCCUCUUUGUCUUCACCCUCUGUUACCUCAUCACCUGGACAACCUUUGCAGAGCUCUACUUCUUGGAUGCCUGGCUGCAUGGCGACAUGGCACACAUACAAGACCCACAAUGGCAGCCAUGCUUUGAGAAACUGGACAGUUUCCAUUCCGCCCUCUCUGUCUCAUUGGAUAGCAAAAUCCUCAAUGGCUUUGGCUCUACAAGGGCCUCAGCCAACUGCAUGGACGGGUUGAUUCUCACCAUGGCACAGAGCAUCAUUGAAUCAGUGUUGGACGCCCUGAUGCUGGGCUGCAUCCUGGCCAAGCUAGCCAAGCCUGAGACGAGGCUGCCCUUUCUGCAGUUCAGUCAGCACUGUGUAGUCGCGGAGAGAGAUGAAAGGAUGUGUCUGAUGUUCAAUGUCAGAACUCUGAAAGAGACUCACAUGCUGGUGGCAGAGAUAAGAGUCAAGCUGAUCAAAUCGCACCACACCAAAGAGGGAGAGUUCAUCCCGUUGGAGCAGAGGGAGCUGACAUUAGGGAUGGGGCCAGGCGCAGGUGUUGGUGGGACCAGGCUGUUCACAGCGGAGCCCCAGGCCGUGGAGCAUGUCAUUAAUGAACACAGUCCACUCUGUGGCAUCAGCGCUGACUCCUUAAAACAGGAACCCAUUGAAAUUGUGGUCAUGGUGGAUGGGGUCGUCCCAGAGCCAGGCAGAGCCUUUCGUAUGAGAACCUCCUACACUGAAGAUGAGAUAAUUUGGGGACAAAGCUUUCAGUCGUUCCAGCGACAAAGGGAGAUUGGUAUUGGAUCCAAUCUCAAGACUUCUGAUAACACCCAUGAAGUCCAAACUGUCACGCACAGUGCAGAGAUGGCAGUAAGAAACAGACAGGAGAUAUCCAAAGGACACGCCACACAUGGCAUACCCUCAAACAGGUCUAGAAAGAAAGUACAUUACCAGCAUUUAUCUGAUGGCAUUUUGCUGUGAAACAAAGUCACUAAUAACAGGGAGAGGAACUAAGAACCUUUGUAAUAAUCUGUUCUUUAUGUGAAUACUGUUGUUUGAAAAGACGGUUACUCAACGUUUAUUAAAUCAAUAUAUACUUGUAUUAAAUCAAUACAUACUUAUAUUAUAUAUCUCAAACUUUCGUGUAAAGAUCAUAUAUAGAGCGGUAUAACAAUCAUGAUGUUUAGCAAUUGUGUGCCAAAUGUGUUAUAUCCAUUUAAUUAAGUUUUAGUGGACUUCUAACAAUAUGAGUGAAAUGUAUUUAAAUUCCCAUACGUCAAGCUUUCCCAAUUAUGAUUCAAAUGAUGAGUUUCAUUUAAUGAUUGUAUUGCAUUUUGCAGUGCUAAUUUGAUAAAUAGACCAAAUUGAUAUGACAAGAUAAAUGAGUGUCAGUAACUGUUCACCAGCAGAGGGGGACAACUCAUUCAAAUAGAAUUAAAGACUCCAAACAAAUAUUUGACAUUAUCUUGUAAAGCACAUGGAAUUUGAUAGCAAGCUUCAUGAGAGAAAGAUUAUGUCAGUCUGUGUUGAAAUUUGCUGAAAUCAAUCUGUUAUAGAUCUACCUGGAAGGGAUUUCACCCCCUUUGAUCAACUGAAGGAAAGCUAGAACCCCCUUAGGAAUGACUUCAGAUACUUGCAGAUUAGAAACUAUGUAUGGAAACACCUCCAUGCAUUCCAAAUUUCCAGACCCUAUACGCUUGAUUCACUUUUCAAAAUAUUCCCAACAUCAAACAACUUAGAUGAAGAUUUUCUUUUUAAUUAGUCAACCUCCACUCAACUGAAUUAUUUAAAACAAAAUGGGACGAGAAAUUGGGCUCUGAAAUAGUUGGUGGAUUGGGAGGAUAUCUUAGAAGGCCUUCAUACAUAGUUAAUAAACUCUAGACACUUCCUCAGUUCACUCCAAGACUAAGCUCCAUAGCAUAUUCCCUGACACCACUCCGAUGAGUGCCAAGUGCCAUGCUCCCAAGGAGACACUGCUUCAUAGCUUUGUCCUUUGCCUCGGACCCACGCCCCAAAUACGAAUCUCUCAUUGUCUUAUUAUGUGGGGAAAAACGUUGAGGGAAGCAGAUUGAGGGAAAAUCUGAGGGAAGCAGAUUGAGGUUCCUUACCUUAUAGGUCAUUGCAUUGGCAAAUAACACAGAAUUUGGUAUAUUCUUAAAAAAAAAUAUGUUGGGGCAUUUUUGCCUAAUACAGACUGGUUGAAUUAGAGGGGUUACAGA